AAGGAGGGUCUCAGAUUUGUUGUUGUAUUUUUUAAUUGGUCGUGGGAAGCUGAGCAAUCAUGUGACUUUGUCACGUGACGAUAUUUCAUUCCACGCGUGAUGAAGCUUUGAUUGAAUCCACAUGUACCAUCCUUCUCUGUACGUCUUUUAGACUAAAAUGGCACCGAAGAAAAGCACCAGAGCGAGUACGAGAGCCGCCGACUCCAGUACAUUUGACGUCACUCCCAAAGACGACGACAGCCGAGAAGAGGUGGAAGUGAAGAAGCCGAUCCGGGGUAAGAGAUCGGCCUCUGAUAGUUCCGAUAAAAAAACAAAAAGCGUACCCCCAAGCAUCCCUCUCUUCUCCCAUUGGCUGAUGAAGUCGGAGCCCGAGACCCGGUUGGAGUACGGGGUUGACGUGAAGUUCGGGAUUGAGGACUUGAAGGCUCUUCCCAAUCAGACGGGAUGCUGGGAUGGUGUCCGCAAUUAUCAGGCACGCAACUUCAUGAGGGACAUGAGAGAGGGGCAUGUAGCCUUCUUCUACCACAGCAACUGCAAGGAGCCGGGCAUCGCAGGAGUCAUGGAGGUCGUGAAGGUGGCGUAUGUGGACCACACUCAGUUUGACAAGAAAGACGUGCACUUCGAUGCAUCCAGCAAAGCGGACAACCCCAAAUGGAGCAUGGUUGACGUCCGGUAUCAACGGAUGCUUCAGCGGUUUAUUCCUCUGUCUGAGCUGAAGAAGUACCACCUGAAGCACAGUGCAACUGGGGGCCCCCUGAAGAGCAUGGCUCUGUUCACCAGCGCCAGGCUCUCCGUCCAACCCCUGACCCCUGAGGAGUUUCAGUUUGUCUUGGACUUGGAGACUAAAGAGCCAAUUUGAGAGUUUGGACCCAAACUCAACACUCCAAUAAUGUUUGACCUUGCUUCCUUUUUUGUAAUGAAGUUUUUAUAUUGAACAUGUAUUUGUAGCCAAGCAAAUUUGAAUGUUAUGAUAAAUACAAUCCAAGAGCGUGAAUAAAUAUCUACCUAUUCCUA